GAAACGGAACCGGGUUUCUCUGUGCCACCUUUGAGUUUCCCCAUUCCAGAGAGAGAAAAAGCCUUUCUCUCUCUUCACGUGCGACUCCGCCAUGGGAUGGGGCGCGGUUUCGGCAGGCUCGAGGCGGUGGCGGUGGCGGUGCGACCGUUUCUCGACCCUUGCCUUCUUCCUACUCUCCUUCGCCUUGUUGGGUUUGAUUGCGUUUGUCUACGCUUGGUUGAUCAUCGCCCCGCACGCCCACAAGAGCCUAUCUCCACUCGGUUGCCAAGAAGACGACGAGGGUUCCUGGUCGAUUGGUGUCUUCUAUGGCGACUCGCCCUUUUCUCUCAAACCCAUUGAAACUGUGAAUGUAUGGAGGGAUGAGAGUGCUGCUUGGCCUGUGGCCAAUCCUGUGCUUACUUGUGCUUCGGCGUCUGAUGCUGGUUUUCCAAGUAAUUUUGUUGCUAAUCCUUUUCUUUAUGUCCAGGGAGAUGUGUUUUACCUAUUCUUUGAGACCAAAAAUUCAAUCACCAGGCAAGGAGAUAUUGGAGUUGCAAGAAGCCUUGAUAAGGGAGCAACAUGGCAACAGUUGGGUAUUGUUUUAGAUGAAGAGUGGGAUCUGUCAUAUCCGUAUGUGUUUGACUACAAUAGCCAGGUAUACAUGAUGCCUGAUGGAAGGGCAAAAGGGGAACUCCGCCUUUAUCGAGCUGUAAAUUUUCCUUUGGAAUGGGUAUUGGAGAAAGUUAUAAUGAAAAAGCCCCUUUCGGACUCAUUUAUCAUCUUUCAUGAAGGAAACUACUGGCUUUUUGGGUCAGAUCACAGUGGCAUUGGCACCAACCAGAACGAAUGGUUGGAAAUCUGGUAUAGUAGCUCACCACUUGGUCCUUGGAUACCGCAUAAGAAGAAUCCUAUUUAUAAUACAGAGCAGAAGAGUUUAGGGGCUCGUAAUGGUGGCAGACCAUUUGUCUAUAAUGGAAACCUUUAUCGCAUAGCGCAAGACUCUAGCGAGAUAUAUGGGCGAUGUGUACAGCUUUUCAAAAUUGAAGUUCUUAGCAAAGAUGACUUCAUAGAAGUUGAAGUGCCCCUAGGCUUGGAAGAGCCAAAAAAGGGUCCAAAUGCAUGGAAUGGUGCUCGCUACCAUCACCUUGAUGUGCAACAGCUUAGCUCUGGAGAGUGGAUUGGAAUUAUGGAUGGGGAUCGUGUUCGCUCAGGUGAUGCAACACAUCGAUUCUUUAUUGGCUGUGCAUCAUCUGUUACUGUUGUUGCGCUUGUUGUAUUGUUGGGUAUGCUACUUGGUGCUGUCAAGUGCUUGGUCCCUCUGAGCUGGUGCCCGCACAAUAUGGAAAAGAGAAGUGAUGCUUUAUUGGCUUGGGAGAGGUCGAACUUGUUUUCUUCCCGAUUAAGACAAUUUUGUAGUCGCUUGAAUGGAGUGUGUUUGUUGCUACAUGGAAGGCUAAAGCAGAAGACUUGCUUUAGAAUUUUGGUUCUUGCUUUCAUAUUUGCAGCAGGAGUAGCCCUGACGUGCUACGGUGUUUUUUAUAUUUAUGGAGGCAAUGGUGCACAAGAACCGUAUCCUUGGGAAGGUCAUUAUUCCCAGUUCACAUUGCUAGCAAUGACUUAUGAUGCUCGACUCUGGAACCUUAAAAUGUACGUCAAGCACUAUUCAAGGUGUGCUUCAGUUCGCGAGAUUGUUGUCGUAUGGAACAAAGGUAAACCUCCUGAAUUAAGUGACUUUGACUCAGCAGUGCCGGUGAGGAUCAGAGUAGAGAAGCGAAACUCCCUUAACAAUCGGUUCAAGACAGAUCCCAUGAUAAAAACCCGAGCUGUUCUUGAGCUGGACGAUGAUAUUGUGAUGAGAUGCGAUGACAUUGAACGAGGCUUCAGGGUAUGGCGCGAGCACCCUGAUCGAAUCGUGGGCUACUACCCGCGCCUCGUUCAUGGACGCCCCUUGAAGUACCAAGGUGAGAAACAUGCCCGCGCACAUAGAGGGUACAACAUGAUCCUGACGGGGGCAGCUUUCAUUGACAGCCAGGUGGCUUUCGACAGGUACUGGGACGAGAAAGCCAAGGCUGGGAGGCUGCUGGUGGACAAGUACUUCAACUGCGAGGAUGUGCUGUUGAACUACUUGUAUGCCAAUGCAAGCUUGUCCAACACAGUCGAGUAUGUCAAACCGGCCUGGGCCAUCGACACAUCCAAGCUUUCGGGUGUUGCAAUCAGCCGAAACACAGAUGAGCAUUACAGAAUCAGAAGCAACUGUCUCGCAAAAUUCGCAGAGAUGUAUGGCAGUUUGACAGAGAGGAAAUCAGAGUUCAAUGGGAGGAAGGAUGGCUGGGACUUGUAGAUAACAGCAGCAAUCAGGGUAGGUAUCUAAGACAGCAGUUUAGUGUUCUCUUGUCAUGUUCAUGCUCUUUACCCCUUUGUUUAUUUGGUGCACAUCUGUUCUUUCUCCAUUGUAAAUCUUGCUCUUUCUCUUGCUCUUGGUUAUUGUGGGUAUCAGGCUAAUGUGUAUAUAUCUUUUUGAAGUAGUGUUUUUAGAUCUUCUGGUGUGGGAAAGGUUGGAAAAUGAAUUCAAGUUUUUGAAUGGGGUUUUGGUGGGGUAUCUUUUGUGAUUAGGGUUUAAAUCUCAGCAAGUUUAUGCAAAAUCUAAU